AUGGAAAUGGCAUCUGAGCUUUCCCAAACAGGCAGGAGGACAAUCUUCGGAAUGAUGGCUGUGGUUAAAGGUCUACAGCACAGCAUGCUCACAAUCUUUGGCAAUGGUCUGGAGAUCUUCUUGCCCAAGACCAGACUGAAACCCGGGGAUGACAUGGCCUCUGCCAAGUUAGAUCCUCCCACUUGCGCUGAGAGACCAAUCUUGACAGCUUCUCCUGACGAAGAAGCACUACCCUUCAAGAGCUUGUAUGCCCUAUGCUACAAUAGCGGCCUCCGGCUCUAUGCAGAGCCAGAAAGUCUGCACCCAAUGUGGAAUGAUCUCAAGAAUGCAUUGAAACGAGCAGAGUUUCAGCCAUCGCUGUUGCUGGGCAUACUUCUGAGUCAAGCCAGUCAUGGACCCUUUGAUUCAGGAGCUCACCAAUGGACGAAACAGGAGUGCGUGAAGGUGUUGCCCAAGGAACUUUCCCCGAGUGAUUUUGCUGAGCUUCGAGAGUGCAUGCUGAAAGACAGGUAUGGGCAACUAAGUACAGACAUUCCUGACUCCCCGGAAGAUCUAGAGGAUUUGUCUGCAGUGCAGCACUUGCCUAUCUUUGCAAAGUACAAGUCCUGGUUCCAGUGCAUUGUCUCUCUCUACAAGCUGAGUUUAGACUGGAGCCUGAACACUCUAGUUUUGGAAAGGGCGGUUGAGAUGCACAGGGGUUCUGCACGCUUCGAUGAGCCAGACCUACCUGGAGAUGGCGACGAUGCUUCUGAUUGCGAUGGGGCUUGGGAGGGUGGUGAGGGCGAUGCUCACCCCCGCCCACAGAAUCGGCAGGAGCUUAACCAGCUCAAAGACCAGUUUGCCAACAAGCUGCAAAUGGCAUGCCACUACUACCAGGACCCGCUGCUGCCACUGGAAUUCAAGGCAAUCUUCUGGGCCUCCCACGAGCUCUUGCGUGAGUACGUCCGGACAUUAAACACCCACAAAUCUGGGCAGGAGAAAACACUCCGAUGGCGUGCUGCUAGAGCCAAGGGGGGAAACCUGGUACACUACAACUGUUGCUCGUACUAUGUGCUCCAUCAAUGA